AAACGGCACUGAAAAAGUGGGCGAUUGUUUAUUUUUAUCAUCCGUUCAUGGCAUCUGUUGCACAAACAGUAAUUUCAACUCAUCCCAGAACACACUUUUUGGAUGCCGUUGCACAUCGACACGCAUGGAAAUGAACAGUCGUGUGUUUGUAGGGAUCGUUUGUCGGCCAGUGACAUGUUACAGGUGAGGAAGGUGAUGGAGCACGUGUAUGAAAAGAUCAUCAACCUGGACAGCGAGUCGCAGACGGGUGCUUCGGCCGCAGAGAAACCCAGCGAGCAGAAGGAGGAGGAGGACAUGGCAGUGCUAGCGGAGGAGAAGAUCGAGCUGCUCUGUCAAGACCAGGUUCUGGAUCCCAACAUGGAUCUGCGGACGGUGAAGCAUUUCAUCUGGAAGAGCGGCGGCGAUCUGACGCUCCAUUAUCGGCAGAAAUCCACGUGAGGUCCCGGCCCAUCUGAGGAAACUCCAUUCAUUACACUUCACAUUCAAAGCACACGCUCACCUGCACUUCCCGGUUCUGUCUGACGUCUACAUCAUCUUCCUCGCACGGGCCGCUCGGCUCACGCAUGAUUAUCAAAGAGCAAACGCGAAGGAGGAUCGCUGGAAAACACGCCGAUGAAUGGCAAAAAGACGUCACGUAAAAGUGUUUUUUUUGCCACCUGUAUGGUUUUUAUUUUUAUUUUUUCUUGGCAUGAAUUUCUUUUGAUGGAUGCCAUUUUGAACGUGUCGGAGUUGUUUUUUGUUUUUUACCGCCACUUUCUCCUCUUCUCAUUUAACAUUCCAGUGAUGUGUUUGUUGCCAGUGCCGUCAUCAAAGCCGAGGAACUGGUUUAAAACAAUCGAGAAUCUUUAAGGAGCGCCGCGUAGAUGGACCGAAUGUCUGAGAAAACUCCAAGAACGCCGUUUCCCGUGAUGCAUCUCUCUCUCACUAACGUGCUGUGAUCUGUUAUGUACAUAUAUUGUAAUUAUUUUGUAGUCGACUUGAACUUGAGUUGGAGAUUAGGAGGUUUUUAUUCACGUUUCUUUUUAAGAAAAUCUACGGUCUCUUCAAAAAGGUGCUUUUUCAUGUAAAAUACGAUGACAGAAGAGUAGAGAGCGGAAAUACACAAAACAUUAUAAGCAGACAUAGAAACAAAUGUUUUAUAUUUCACCCAAAAAUGAAAAAUUGCUGGAAUGUGCUCACGCUCAGGG